AUGGAUAAUGAGACUGCUCAGAAAGAAAAAAUUAAAGAAAGGGAAAAGAAGCAAAAAGAGAAGAAGAAGCACAAAAUAAUGAAUGAAAUCAAGAAAGAAAAUGGAGAGGUGAAAUUAUUGCAGAAAGGUGGGAAGGAGAAACCAAAAACCAAUGCUGAAGAGCUACAAAUUAAAAAAGUGAAGAAGAAAAAGAAAAAGAAACAUAAAGAGAAUGAGAAGAGGAAGCGCCCGAAAAUGUACAGCAAAUCCAUUCAGACCAUCUGCUCAGGAUUGGUUUCCGAUAUUGAGGAUCAGGAAGCCACAGGCAUCAUAGAUCAUCAUCUUAAGGAUUUCAAUGGGAAAAAUAUGGAUCCCAAGAAGGACUGUGAGUCCAAGAUACCAGAGAACAGUGAGUUUCCAUUUGUCUCGUUAAAGGAGCCACGGGUUCAAAAUAAACUCAAAAGGUUGGACACAUUGGAGUUCAAACAGCUGAUUCAUAUUGAGCACCAGCCUAACGGAGGUGCAUCAGUUAUCCAUGCCUACAGUAAUGAACUCUCCCACUUAUCUCCUGUGGAGAUGGAGAGAUUUGCAGAAGAGUUUGUGGGUCUGGUUUUUAGUGAAAAUGAAAACUGUGCAGCUUACUAUGUAAUGGGUAUUGUUCAUGGGGCAGCUACUUAUUUACCUGACUUUUUAGACUACUUUUCGUUUAAUUUUCCCAAUUCACCAGUGAAAAUGGAGAUUUUGGGAAAGAAAGAUAUAGAGACAACGACUAUGUCAAAUUUUCAUGCUCAGGUAAAAAGAACAUACUCUCAUGGUACGUAUAGAGCUGGCCCAAUGAGACAGAUCAGCCUGGUUGGAGCAGUUGAUGAGGAAGUGGGGGAUUACUUCCCUGAAUUCCUUGAUAUGUUGGAAGAAUCGCCCUUCUUAAAGUGUACACUGCCAUGGGGAACACUUUCUAGUUUAAAAUUAGAGAGUCGUAAAGACAGUGAUGAUGGUCCCAUUAUGUGGGUACGCCCAGGAGAACAGAUGAUCCCUGUGGCUGAUAUGCCAAAGUCACCUUUCAAAAGGAAGAGAACUACCAAUGAAAUAAAAAACUUGCAGUACCUACCUCGAACUAGUGAACCCCGUGAAAUGCUGUUUGAAGACCGGACACGAGCCCAUGCAGAUCACAUAGGACAAGGUUUUGAACGACAGACUACAGCUGCUGUGGGGGUACUGAAGGCUGUGCACUGCGGAGAGUGGUCUGAGCAGCCUCGUAUAACCAAAGAUGUAAUUUGUUUUCAUGCUGAAGACUUCUUAGAGGUAGUUCAGCGAUUGCAACUAGAUUUGCAUGAGCCUCCACUCUCACAGUGUGUCCAGUGGGUUGAUGAUGCAAAACUUAAUCAGCUGCGAAGGGAAGGCAUUCGAUAUGCCAGAAUUCAGUUGUUCGAUAAUGACAUUUACUUUAUCCCAAGGAAUGUUGUGCACCAGUUCAAAACAGUUUCAGCUGUGUGCAGUUUGGCUUGGCACAUCCGGCUCAAGCUGUAUCAUUCAGAGGAAGAAACGAGUCCUGUUGAAGCAGGGACCUCUGCAGACCCCAAGUCUUCGGUUGUUGGACUGCAGACUGACAGCAGAAUUUGUAUGGUGAGCAAAAAUACCUCCGAAGACACCAAAUUCUCAGAUGCUCUGCAGACGAAGUAUCUGCAGCAGGAAUUUAUGCCGAUGAAACAUGAACCUGUUGCAUCUCACCGAAUAAAAGAAGAACCCAUGAAUGUUGAUCUUGCUGAAAAGCCAGUGGCGCCUAAUGACGUCGAGGGCCAGAAUAUUCAGACUAGAUUGGAUCAUGUUGAAUUGACAGCAUUUAAGUUGGAAAUGGAUUCUAAAUUUGAACCUGGCCACAAGGACUUACAAGGCAAGUUGUGCCCUGGAGGUCACGUAUAUCCAGAUGAUACAAGACAACAUAGUUCAUCAUAUCCAAAACUGCAUGGACAAAGAGACGAUGAUUUUUUGUGCUAAAUUUGUAUAUAUGGUUUUAAAUUCCUUUUUAAACUUAAUGAUGUAAUAAUGUAAAGAUUCAUAAAUUCUGUGAGGCAAGUUUGUGGCUUGCCUUCGCAUCUGUUACAGAAAAUAGUUAUGUAGCUUUGUAACAUUCCUCAGUGCCUGUCCAUAACUGUGAAGUAUCAAAGCACUUAGGGCCAGAUGCACUGUAAACACUGCAGGUUUAACAUAAAGAAGUCUUUAAAUAAUUUUGAGUUGUAGGUUUUAGAGUAGAGCUGACAUUUAACAUAUAUAUUUUUUGUAAGAUGAGCCAGAAUUCUUUUUGACAAUUCCAGGCUUUUCCAUAGAGCUUAUUUAUACCAAUUUUUUCAUUUUAAAUGUGUCAGCACUGUAGUGUAAAUAUCUUUUUUAAAAAUCUUUUUAGUGUGAUUUAUACUGAAAUGUGAGCCGCUUAAUAAAGGUUCAUAAUAACAGAUUGGUUUUAUUUUUGGGUCUGCAAAAAAUAAUUCAGUUAAACUGCCUCUCUAAGUGGUUGUGUUCCUACCUGCACUAAUGCAUAGGAUGCCCU